GUCCUUCAGAAUGCCUGAAUAAAUAUUGAUCAAAACCUGGAAGCAAAAACUAAAAGAAGACAGUUUUAUUUUCUCCCUCGUGUUGGACGACGCGCAGAGCACCUCCUAUAUUAUUUAUUGUUUUCAGAAACAAUCUAAAAAUCCUUGGAUGUUUUAGGGACAAGUCAGCUCCAGGAGAAAAGUUAAUUUGCAGAUAAUUCCAUUUUAUACAUUUUAUUUUAAUUAAUAUGCACUAAAAUUUGUUGGGUUAUUUCUUCAACCCAGUUACUGGGUUAUUCAUGUUGGGUUGUUAUUCUGGGUUAUAAAUUCAGAGAUGUACUCAUAUAUUUUUUUAGCCCAAGUUUUUGACUGGAUUAUUUGUCUGCGAGUAGGUUAACCCAAUAAUUGGGUUAAGUUCCCACUCCAGUAAGUGGCAGGAGUGCGCUUUGAAAUUUGCUGGUCAAACAAUGAGAAAACCGGAAAAGGAGGAUGCUUAGGCGGGAAACAAAAAUGAGCAGUUUACAGUCACUGAGCGAGAAAAGUUGCCAGAGUGCUUUUCUCUUACUUUUGGUCCCUGAUUUCUUCACAUUCCUUUAAUUCGUCUUUGUCUUGUGGCCAACACUAGCUUAAACACUAGCUUAAACACUAGCUUAAACGUUUGCACCACUACUGACGUUCACUUGCCCGCCAUUAGUACACGAGGAUUGCUAACUUGCUAAUUAGCAAAUGUGGCUCUUUUUCAAAAGGUUGGGUUAUUUUAACCCUUAAAAUGUUUUUUUUUCACCUAUAAACACAUCAACCCAAAAUUUGGGUUGAUGAAAAUAACCCAAAUAUUUUGGUUAAAAAAUAGCCCAAGAUGGGGUUUUUUGACCCAAGGGUUUUGUGUGUAGCACCAGUCAAAAAUAUUAGCUAUUUCUAUCAUAAAUUAAUUUUAUCUGUCUUUGCAAAUGAACUCUUCAUCUCUUUCUCCAUCCUGACCUUCACCUCUGAAUCUUCAUAAGAACUUUGAACCCAGUGCGCAUGCGUGAACGCUCCAUCCAAUGUACGCGCUUCCAGGUGCUGCUUGAGUUAAAUACAGAGAAGCCUAAAGCAAAUUUAUACAUUGCUCUACUUUAAUUUAAGAGUUCUGAUGUGUGUAAAUUGUGCACAUUUAUGAUUGUGUUGAACAGAUCUGUGUGCGCAUGCCUACCGACGUUGGUUUGGUACGAGGAAAGUUUGGAGACGUGAACUUUUACGCACAGUUUAGGAUCCGUUUCGGGGAGGUUAGCAGGGGCGUGGUGUGCCUCCGGACAGGCUGAUGACUCUGGAUUCACUCACGCAUGGUCACACAAUGUGACAGUCCAGACAUGGCUGGAAACGGGAGGCAGCCCCAUCUCCGACUCCAAACCGCCUCCAAAAACUAACAAAGAGCAGCUUUUACGCGCCCAACUCCAGCGGGCCCGGGACGGCGCCGGGAAAGUUUGUGGGACAUCAUUUAGAGUUUGUUGAGCUGUCAGAGAGGAGACCGGCGGGGCUGGGUUCAGUCUCCGCAGGAGGUCCAGGCUGUCCAGCGAUGGCACCGGGGAUGGCGGACGGAUUUGGUCUCCGGGUUUAAUUAUGAUAUCUCCGUUUUAAAGGUAUCAUCCAAUCUGUUGAUUCUAGUCGAUGGAUUUAUUACCUUCAAGAGAAGAAAAUUUCACCUCUACUUUCUCCACAGGCUAGAAGCUUUGAAGCAUGGGUGACUGGAGUUUUCUGGGCCGGCUGUUGGAGAAUGCUCAGGAGCACUCGACGGUCAUCGGCAAGGUCUGGCUGACUGUCCUCUUCAUCUUCAGGAUCCUGGUGCUGGGGGCUGCCGCCGAGGAGGUGUGGGGCGACGAGCAGUCCGACUUCACCUGUAACACCCAGCAGCCUGGUUGUGAGAAUGUCUGCUACGAUGAAGCCUUCCCCAUCUCGCACAUCCGAUUCUGGGUGCUGCAGAUCAUCUUCGUGUCCACGCCAACGCUCAUCUACCUGGGCCACGUGCUACACAUCGUCCGCAUGGAGGAGAAGCGCAAAGAGAAGGAGGAGGAGAUGCGCAAAGCCAACCGCAUCCAGGAGGAGAAAGAACUCCUUUAUAAAAAUCGCGGCGAUGCUGGAGGAGGUGGCAGGAAGGAGAAGCAACCAAUCAGGGACGAGCACGGAAAGAUCCGUAUCAGAGGUGCACUGCUGCGCACCUACGUGUUCAAUAUUAUUUUCAAGACCCUGUUUGAAGUGGGUUUCAUUUUGGGCCAGUAUUUCCUUUAUGGCUUCCAGCUGAGGCCCCUGUACAAAUGUGCACGUUGGCCGUGCCCCAACACCGUUGACUGCUUCAUAUCCAGACCCACUGAAAAGACCAUUUUUAUUUUAUUCAUGCUUGUGGUGGCUUGCGUGUCUCUUUUGCUGAAUUUACUAGAGAUCUAUCACCUCGGAUGGAAGAAGGUUAAACAGGGUGUGACGAAUGAGUUUGCCCCUGAUGAAGAGUUGCUGCAUCGCGUCAACCCUGCAGAGCCUGAGUGUUUGGCCUCCGCCCCCAGAACUGCCCCAUCCAGCCUCAGCUACCCUCCUAAUUACAUCGAUGUGGCAGCAGGCAGUGGGGCUUUUCUGCCCCCCAUCAGGCCAGCAGCUUUGGCCACGGUGGGCGACAUCCAGCAGGACGAGUCCCUUCACCAGUCCUCAUCAUCUUCCCACUACUACAUCAGCAACAACAACCACAAACUGGCCACGCAGCAGAACUGGGCCAACCUGGCCACCGAGCAGCAGACUCGGGAGAUGAAGGCCACGACCCCCUCACCAUCCUCUUCUUCCUCUGCCAACAAUGAAAAUGAGCUGCAGCCCACCGCCAGCGCUGCUCUGCUCCUUCCUACCAGCAAACCCCCCAAUGGCAGCAACGUAGGCACCGCCUCCAAGGAAGGUCCCAUCACCACUACGGCGGAGAUGCACGAACCCCCGCUACCAGUCAGCACGGACCCUCGGAGGCUCAGUCGGGCCAGCAAGAGCAGCAGCAUCAGGGCCAGGCCGAGCGACCUGGCCAUCUAACCUCCAUGACCCUACGUAAAACAACUCACUAUCCUCACACACACACACUUAGAGAGAAAAUUUCAAAAAGGGACCCAGAAAACCUGAGUUCUAGAGAAGAGAAAGGACAAUAAAACAUCCCAAAGUUCAGAUCCCCCACAAUUCUUUGCACCUGCCUCCGUCAGUGUUGCUUUCACACAACUUAAGCUAAAGAAAGACACACUCUCUAAGAUGCUGCUCUAAAAAAUCUAGACGACAUGAAGCAAACGUGCCACAGCGGCCAUGUUGACUUGUGAGCAAACACCCAAAAAUCCAACAGAGAAUCUUUAGGAGUUCCGCAGUUUUUAUUGUCACAUUUUACGUGCUUCUUUAUUGGUUUUACUCUGAAAGCGCUAUUUUUUUAAUAACCUGAAUGGAUUUUUCCCCUUUAAAUUGCCUAUUUGUAGUAGUCAGUUCGUAACUGAGAAGCAUCUCUUACUAUUAAAUGAAGUUGAAAACGACUGCUGCUACUCGUGUCACAACUGGAACGCUUUAGAUGUGUUUAACACGAUGCUUUGAUGCUUUUAGAUCCCAGAGAUCCAGCUGAGCUCAGCAGCAGCAGCGGUUCUGUGUCUGCGGCGCGUCGCUGUUCGGUUCCGUCGUUCACCACGGGCACGUUUCACCUCUCAUUUCCGCCUGUGAGCCCAACGCUGAGGCAGAGCUGAAUUAUGGGAUAGCUUUCAUUUGCAUAGCACAACAUCACAACGAGGAGUUAACACGCCCGUGCACACUUUCAUAACAACAUCAUUCCUGCAGCUAAAUCAGCAUUUUACUUUGGUUCUUAGAAUUAAGAACAAUGCUAAAUAAUGUCAUUUAUCAUGUGUCUUUCUGUUGUUGCUUGGAGGACAUUUAAAACAAAUAAACACAAAAAUGACAACGCCCACACAUUUUGUUCAAAAGUCUGCAUCUAUUUUCCAUUCCAGAUGUUUACAUCUCAUUAGUUGCUAAAUAUUUGCACAUUUAGAAAGAAAUUUGUUUAUUUAAAUUGUGAUAUUGGUGGUGUUGGGGGGGGGGGGGGCAGAAUGUGACGUAAACCUGAUCCCCUCUGAAGGGAAGAAGAUAAAGUCUUAAAAACAAAGAGCUGUGGUUCUGAAGAAGGAGCUCUUCGUCUCCAAAUCUGAUGAUGAAAAGUGAAAAAAGCUGAGGCGCUUUUUUAGUUUUUCCAGUUCCUGUGUUCCCACAAAUCCCUCUGGACUGCGGUUAGACGUCACAACGGACAAGUCCGCUGCUGAGAAAGCGUUAGCCUUAGCCGGCCCUUUCCUAACCUCUGCAGACCCGACAGGAUGUUGCAUCCGAAGCGUGUCGUUCCUCCUGUUUCAUGCAGAGCAUGAUUUCUUUGGCUCACCAGAGUCCCAUCUCACGACUUUGCUGUCUUAAACCAGAAAAGUGCCUUGUGUCUGAAUGAUUCUACUGUAUAAAAAAACAUAAAAAACAAGUUGAUGUAAAUGUUAAUUUACCUCAAAUGUUUACAAAACUGUUACUAAAUAAAUUUU